AUGGGAAAACUAUGCCUGGGCUCGAGCCGGGCCGAGCUGCUGCCGCUGUCACAAGAGGAGAGAGAGAGAGAAGCAGAGCGUCGCGGAGAAUUCCGUUGUUCCAGACGCCCUUGGACGUGGCCUGCGUUGGCGAAGGUGGCCACCAUGAUCUCCUGGGUGCUCUUGGCCUGUGCCCUUCCCUGUGCUACUGAUCCACUGCUCAGUGCCUUCCAGAAGGGCUCCCCUCAACUCAUCUGCAGUCUGCCUGGCCCUCAGGGCCCCCCCGGUCCCCCAGGAGCUCCAGGGCCCUCAGGAAUGGUGGGCAGAAUGGGCUUUCCUGGCAAAGAUGGUCAGGAUGGCCAAGAUGGGGAGCGGGGUGACAACGGAGAGGAAGGUGCACCUGGUCGAACAGGUAACCGGGGAAAGCCAGGACCAAAGGGCAAAGCCGGGGCCAUUGGGCGGGCCGGCCCUCGCGGCCCCAAGGGGGUCAGUGGUGCCCCAGGAAAGCAUGGCAUACCUGGCAAGAAGGGACCCAAGGGCAAGAAGGGGGACCCAGGCCUCCCAGGCCCCUGCAGCUGUGGCAGUGGCCAUGCCAAGUCUGCUUUCUCAGUGGCGGUGACCAAGAGCUACCCACGGGAGAGGCUGCCCAUCAAGUUUGACAAGAUUCUGAUGAACGAGGGUGACCACUACAAUGCAUCCAGCGGCAAGUUUGUCUGCAGCGUGCCAGGGAUCUACUACUUCACCUAUGACAUCACACUAGCCAACAAGCACCUGGCUAUUGGCCUGGUACACAACGGCCAGUACCGCAUCCGGACCUUUGAUGCUAACACGGGCAACCAUGAUGUGGCCUCUGGCUCCACCAUCCUGGCUCUCAAGCAGGGUGACGAGGUCUGGCUGCAAAUCUUCUACUCAGAGCAGAACGGGCUCUUUUAUGAUCCUUACUGGACUGACAGCCUCUUCACGGGUUUCCUCAUCUAUGCUGAUCAGGACGACCCCAAUGAGGUUUAG